UUUCCGGGGCGGUGGGAGGUGACACGGGCCAGGCGCCCGGUGCCUCGGGAAGGCGGGGGCUGACAAGGGCUAGUCUCCUGGGGGCCUUUUGGAGAGGGAAAAUAACGGCCCGGUCGGCUGGGGCCUUUUGGGGAGGGAGAGUACUUCGUCUGAAAAGAAGAAAUAAACACUAGUGGCAGCGGUACAGCAGAUUGCCUCUCCUCCAGUCUGGGUAUGCAGUAACAAUGGAGACUUCCGAUGAAGAAAACUUUGGUGUAGCCAUCUCCUCCCCUUGUGAGGCAGAGUUUGAUGCAGUUGUUGGGUAUCUGGAGGAUAUCAUAAUGGAUGAUGAUUUCCAGUUAAUACAGAGGACUUUUAUGGAGAAGCACUACCAGGAGUUUGAUGACUCGGAAGAAAACAAGCUCAUCUAUACUUCUAUUUUUAAUGAAUAUAUCUCUUUAGUAGAGAAAUACAUCGAAGAAAAAUUGCUUGAUCGGAUUCCUGGUUUCAAUAUGACUGCUUUCACAAUGUCAUUGCAGUAAGUCUCUGCUUCGCUUUUGGUUUGGGGGCAGCUUAUGUGCCUCUCAA